AUAACAUUGUGCCAACUUCAACAUCAUUUCCUCAGCAGUUUGCUUGCAAUUCAGUAAAGAACAGACCUUCUUCUCAUAUGAAUUUUAAGAAUUAAUCUGUAAAACAGAUUUUCACAGGCAAAUGGAGCUGUCGUAUUUCCAUGGAAAUAUAACAAAAAAAAAUUGCGAAGAAUUACUGAUCCAAAAAGGAAAGAAUGGAAGUUUUUUAUUAAGAGACAGCCAGAGCAUAUCAGGAGUCUUGUGCCUUUGUGUUCUUUACGAACAACUUGUCUACACUUACAGAAUAUUCAGGAAACAUAAUGGACAUUAUGAGAUUCAGACUUCUGAAAGAGGCCCAAGACAAGACUUCAGAACUUUAAAGGAUUUAGUUGCAAACUAUGAAAAACCCAAUCAAGGACUAGUAAUCCAUCUGUGCUAUCCAGUAACUAGAUCUACAUUCUACCAGGGACCUCAGCAUCGCUACAAUCCAAGAGCUUAUGUUGACAUUGAAGAUGAAGAUUAUAUUGAUGUCCAACCUGAAUGAGUUUUGCUUUCUCAAUGUGAUAAUGCCUGCUCAUCACCAGUAGUCGUACCCUUGCUGAUUCAGUUUUUUUUAUUAAUUUGACUGGGUUCUAUAUUAUUAUGCUCUGUAUAGUGAAUUUUGCAUUAGGUGUAAUAAUGUAUAAGGUACUACGCCCGCUAUUUCUUAAUUUCUCAUUUUUGCAUCACUUUUUAUUUUUAAAAACUCCCCCCUUUAUCUGUAUGUAUCUGAAAAAGCAGACUCUGUUCCAAGAAAGCUUACUAGUUUAUAAGAUG